GGGUGGGGGUGGCGACAGGCGACAUGAAACACGGGGACCUGACUUCGCUCAACCGACGCCUCCCUCCGCUUUUCCCCUAACGAGGUGAAAUUAAGUCGGAUUAAAGCGUUUAUCAGGCCACAUGACCCCGGAUAAUCCCAUGAAAGUGACCCAAACAUUCUUUUCCAGGCCACAUGAAACCAAUCUUAUUCGAUCCCACAGCCCGACUCACACACACACACACACACACACACACACACUCCUCCCUUUCAAAAGCCUGGCCUAAACCGGUCCUGCGGUUUGCCCCCCCCCGCCCGAGUGUGUGGCUGUGACUUUCGGUCGCAUUUGCUCCAUCUGAUAUCAGAUCUAAACAUGAUUCUCACGCAAAGAAGGAAGCCACAGGGUCUAUAAGAGCCGCCGGGAACCAGGUCCAAGGUGCAGACGGAUCCGGCAGACACGCAGCAUGGCUCAGAAGACGGCUCUGAUCGUGUACGCCCACCAGAGCCCGGGCUCCUUCAACGCGGCGGUCCGCGACGUGGCAGUUCGGGAGCUGACGGAGCAGGGAUACCGGGUCGUCGUGUCCGACCUGUACGCCAUGAACUUCCGGGCCAGCGCCACACAGGACGACAUCAUCGGUGAUCUGAAGAACCCGGAGCUUUUCCAGUACGGAGAGGAGACCAUGCACGCCUGGAUGGACGGCCGCCUCAGUGACGACAUCGUGGCCGAGCAGCGCAAAGUGGAGGAGGCCGAGCUCGUCAUCUUCCAGUUCCCUCUGUACUGGUUCAGUGUGCCGGCCAUCAUGAAGGGCUGGAUGGACAGGGUGCUGACGCAAGGCUUCGCUUUCUCCCUGGAGAAGAUGUACAAUAACGGGAUUUUCAAGGAUAAGAAAGCGAUGUUGUCCUUGACGACCGGAGCGACGCAGACUAUGUUCCAGCCUGAUGGAAUCAACGGAGACAUCAACAUCACACUGUGGCCUCUACAGAAUGGCACUCUGCACUUCUGCGGGUUUCAGGUCCUUGCUCCUCAGAUAUUCUGGAGUCCGGCUCACUGCCCCCCCGCGGCGCGAGCGGCAAUGCUAGAAGGGUGGGGGGCCCGGCUAAAAGGACUGCCGGCGGAAAAGCCUUUGACGUUUGCCCCCUGUGAGCUGUUCGACCUCAGCUUUCAGGGGGGGUUCUUGCUCUGGCCCGGAGUGAGGGAGGAGCGAGAGUCGCGGCCCUACGGCAUCACCACGGGACACCACCUGGGAAAGCCGCUGCCGCCUGACAACCAGACCAAAGCUCAGCCCGCAGAUGAAAAUAAACCGGACUGCAGGAACUAGGACCGUCUGUGUCUUUAAACCCAUCUGUAUUUGUUAGAAGAUCAUUUUAAUAGCAGAGUAUGUGAUUUUAUAAAUGCUUUAUGUUUGCUGA